AUGACGACCACCUGCACAGCCGUCAUGGAAGCGGAAGAGGUGAACUUCCAACCGAUGGAGCUGGGUUCUCCUAGCAGAGAACACAACCCCACUUGUGAUGGCCAUAAAAAAAAACACAGUCGAAAGAGGAAGAUAAAAGUGAGCAACACAAGCUUUGUUAAUCUACGAGAUUGGACAAGCAAAGUGCAGAAGAGGUAUGAGCAGAAGCUAAAAACCUCAGAACAGGGAACGAAUCAGGAAGGGAAAGUUACUCUCCCCAAUGGGGAACCGGACAGUAACUACCUCUCCUCCUAUUCUUCCUCCUCCUUCAAGUCAAGGUCCAGCUUAGGUAACAAUAUUCACUUCUCCUCCGAUGAAUCCAAUUACGAUUCGGAUAUCGAGCAGCGGAUCUGCAGAUUUUUGAAAUUGGAGAAUAGCGAUCCAGGGAGGAAGAGAAAAAAGAAGAAAAAGGAAAAUGCACUUAACAAUGGAAGCGCAAAUGAUGUUGCGGAUGGAGGUGCAGAUGAAUGUGUGGACGUGGGUGAGGAUGUUUUCCCUGGUGAACAUACCGAUGUGAUUACAGAGGAGCCUGCAGAUAUGCUGGUCGAUGUGGGGAGAAACGCCCGAGCAAUGAACGAAGCGACGCUUAACACGUUAGAGGGCACCACCGAUAUGGCAGGCACCACGAUCGAUGACGAUCCGUCUAUCAACCCAGUCAAUAAACACACACACCAGGAAAAACGAGAAUCAGAAGAUGUGCAGGAAGGGCAGAAGGGGACUGUUCAGACGAACGACCAACAAGUGAGUAACAACACGAUGGAGGAGGAAAAGGAUCAUCCGGAGGGGUACGAAAUGAAUCAUAACAGUAACGAUAAAAUGGUGAGUGCAGAUAGUGGGAACAUUUCCUUCCAAGAGGAUAGUACCCCCAAUGGGGAUGGCAAAUCCGAGAAUGAGCCCCAAGGUGAAAACCUUUCCCCACGUAGCAAUACAAAUGAGGAAGGUGUUCAUGCCGAAGGGUCGCUUGAGGAAGAGCAUGGAGGCACCGAGGAGGAGGCCAACAUGGAAGUCAUCGUGGAGGGGGGAAGUACGCCUACCCAUGUAAUGGAAGAAGCAAAUGAGGAGGAAGAGCACAACGAUGUCAUUGAAGAGGAAGGGGACGAGAAGGACCAGGAGGAUGAUGAAGAAGAAGAAUUAUAUGAACAAGAGGAGGAAGAAAAAGAUGAUCAUGAUGAGAAGGAACCCCUAAACGAAGCGACCUGCAAACCCGCAAAGGAAUCCCCUAUCGAAAAGGACUCACGGGGCGGCCCCGAGUCCAAAAUGGAAAGACAACCGAAGGAAGAGACGAAGCAAAAUCGCCAAAAAGGUGAUAUCAAGGAGGAACGCUCCCCGAGGAAGAUAGAAGAGAAGCAGCAGAGCCACAGAAAGGAGAAUCCAUACAGACCUAGACCUGAUAGAGGGAGAAGAAAAAACCAUUCUAAUGAAAGGGAAAAUCCGAACAGAGGAAAUCUCGACAAAAAUGGUUCAGAUAAUUUUCAAAAAAAAAAUUCGAAAGAAAAAGAGCCCAACAGACCCAAGAAAUCCAUAAGCCGUAGUCGAGAAGGACCAGCGAACGGAAGAGGCAGACCAAGUUCACGUGAGAAGGAGCAACAACCCCCCUCACAGAUGCACAAGGAUUCAAAUACCAAUCAACGGUGGCCCAAACAUCAUGAGGAAAGAAAUAAAAAAGACAAUAGGCACCCCAAUGGAAGGAAAAACAUCCAAAAUGGGGAACCUCCGCGUGCUGAUAGAGAAAGGGAUAACAGGAACAAGGAGGAAGGGGACAAACUGGAGAGGAGAAACAGACCAGGAGAUGUGGAACGGGAAGGCGAUAGUGAAAGGGGGAAAAGAAGGAACAUGGAAAGGGACAGAAGUAGAGAGAGGAAUCAUCCAAGGGAGGUAGACAGAGAUCGUCCAAGGGAGGCAGACAGAGAUCAUCCAAGGGAGGUAGACAGAGAUCGUCCAAGGGAGGCAGACAGAGAUCAUCCAAGGGAGGUAGACAGAGAUCGUCCAAGGGAGGUAGAUAGAGAUCGUCCAAGGGAGGUAGAUAGAGAUCGUCCAAGGGAGGUAGACAGGGAUCGUCCAAGGGAGGUAGACAGGGAUCGUCCAAGGGAGGUAGACAGGGAUCGUCCAAGGGAGGUAGACAGGGAUCGACAAAGGGAAGCAGACAGGGAUAGACAAAGAGAAGCAGACAGGGAUAGACAAACUUUAAGGGAACGAGACAGAGAGCGAGAAAGAGACCGAAACAGAGAGGCAGAGCGAGAAAGGGAAAGAGAUCGAAAUAGGGAGGCAGAAAGGGAAAGGAAUAGAGAAGCUGAGCGGGAUCGUGAUCGUAACAGAGAAGCUGAAUGGAACCGGAACAGGGAGAGACAUUUUGAAAACGACAGGAACAUGCCGAGAAUGCCCAAGGGUGGCAACACAUCACACGACCCUUUAAAAAAAAGACUUAAUGGAGUGGACCCAAACGUAAGCAGGAAGAGGCCCUACUCAAACGAAAACGAAGGCAGUGGCAACCACUUGCCGAAGAAAAUCCAUGACGACAGUGACCAACAGGUACAUAUGGAAAGAGACCGUUACGUGUACAACGCAGCCGACACACCUUCGAGGAAGUAUUCUGCUCAAAAAAAUAAAACCAACGAUAGCGAAAAUUGGGAGAAGAAAAUGUCCAAACUGAAGGAAAAGCUGAUUAGGAAAAAUAUGAACAAGUGA